GCCCGGCCAUGCACUUGGCGGGAGUGUAUAAAAGCCCCUGACGGCGAGCCGGGGCCAGCGUCCUGCCCGAGCACGAGCCGCCCGCACCAUGUCCCAGCACUGGGGCUACGGCUGUGACAACGGACCCGCUCACUGGUGUAAGGAAUUCCCUGUUGCCAAUGGAGAACGUCAGUCUCCUAUUGAUAUUAACACCAGGUCCGCCAAGUAUGACCCUUCUCUGAAGCCCUUAAGUAUCAGUUAUGAUCCCUCCACAACUAGAAGCAUCGUCAACAAUGGUCACUCUUUCAAUGUGGAGUUCGAUGAUUCUGCUGACAAAUCAGUGAUGAGAGGUGGAGCGCUGGACGGAACUUACAGACUGAUUCAGUUUCACAUCCACUGGGGAUCCUGUGAAGGCCAAGGGUCUGAGCACACUGUGGAUGGUGUGAAAUACGAUGCAGAGCUUCACCUGGUUCACUGGAACACAAGAUAUGGUACAUUUAGUGAGGCUGUGAAACAUCCUGAUGGCUUGGCUGUGCUGGGCAUUUUACUUAAGGUGGGAAAUGCCAAACCUGAAAUACAGAAGGUGGUUGAUGCACUGGAUGCCAUUCAAACCAAGGGCAAACGAGCUGCCUUCACAUCCUAUGAUCCCACAGGACUGCUUCCUGCAUCCCUGGAUUUCUGGACAUACCCAGGCUCACUGACCACUCCCCCUCUACUUGAAUGUGUUAUUUGGCAUGUUUUGAGAGAGCCUGUCUAUGUCAGCCCAGAACAGAUGUGCAAACUCCGUGGCCUUUGCUUCAGUUCUGAGAAUGAGCCCGUAUGCCACAUGGUCGACAACUGGCGCCCAUGCCAGCCUCUGAAGAGGAGAGGAGUGAGAGCCUCAUUCCGAUAAGCAAAGUGCUGAGCUUGACAGAAAUUGCUGUGUUUGUGAGGAGCCCUUCUGCUAAGCACAAAAAUCAAACCUUUGCCAUCUGUGCAAUGGCAACGUCUCAUCUCUCAGAUCCUUUGUUUCUUCCACUCUGCAUCUAAAAUAUUAGCUAAUGAAAUGUGAAAGACCCUAGACCAAGGGAAAGGGUUUAUAAUAAAUGGGGUGGGAGGAACAUCCUUGUGUGAAGUUUGAUAUUUACUGUGACUGACAUUUUGAUUACAAUAGUACUUUUGACAGCAAAAUAAGCCAUUUUAAAUAACCUCAUUCACAGGUGGUAGUACAUAAAAUUAAUUGUACUCAGUAACUUGAAGUUUUUCCCAAAGCACAGGAAUACAGAAUAACUUGAACAUUUUAAAUAUGAUUGAAUAGCUUAAAUUGCAUUGACAUAGUGAAAAACAAAGGUAAUAUUACAGGUUAGAUGGCUUAGGUUUUAAGCAGAUAAAGUAUACAUAUUUUUUUAAAUGUUUUAAUUUUUUAGCCAUAAUAUCAUCAACCACAAUUAUGUCUUUAGUGUGUUGGUAUUUGUUUUAAUUGCAAACUAUCUUAAAUUAAGUAUCAUCUGUAAAAAUUCUUACCAUAGAUGUAAUACAAAAUAUCUUGUCAUUAAGAUAAUAUAUGCUCUAAUUUAAAAAAGAGAUGAAGAUUGUAUUUUAGAUAAU